UACGCCACCAGCGCUGGUUAGCAGAUGCUAGCUUGUUUCUGGGUCCUUCCUCCUUCGGUCACUUUGCUCGUGCGUUAACCACAACAGCCGUAUCGACGAAGAGGCAUCUCCCUCUUUAUCGAUAGGGUUUUCGUUCGGGAAAGGCGGGUCUUCGAUAUGCUAUCUAGGGUCUCGAUCUACUUCAUCUGCAUGUUCAUUAGGUUUCGUCUAUUCUACUUGUGCGCCCGAUCAAGGGUUCGUCGUUGAGGAUUGCGAGCAAUUGAUCCGUUUUUUGUUGAUUGUACAGGCAUCAGAUCUUUGUACAUAUUACUUAUGCAAAUUAAUCUAGCAAGCUUCUUGGAGAUUUGACAAAGAGAUGCGAGGCUAUAGUAGAGCUGAGCUGCAUCAACAUGAUGAAGAAUUUGGUGACUAUGAAGAGGAUGGGGAAGAUCAAGAAGGAGAAGCAGAGGAAGAGUAUGAAGAAGAGGAGGAUCCAAAGCCUACCAAAGAAGAACUGGAAUACCUAAAGUUAAGGCAAAAGCUAAAAGAAUCCCUUAGAAAGAAGAUUAAGAAGGAAUCUAGUUCUGUUCCCACCCAGGUCCAAGAGAAGAAGAAACUUCCAUAUGACAAUUAUGGAUCCUUCUUUGGCCCUUCUCAGCCUGUUAUUGCUCAAAGAGUAAUACAAGAAAGCAAGUCAAUACUAGAAAACCAGCAUUUGGCAUCAAGGUUUUCAAGUUUGCAUCAUGCUGCACAGAACAAAAAGAGCCCAACUCCAACUGCUUCAGGAACUAAGCCUGCUGUACGUGAAGAACCGCCAAAAAUUGUUAGUGAGUUACAAAAGAAAGUGCAGAAGCUCAAGGAUACACGGGAUUAUUCUUUUCUGUUGUCUGACGAUGCAGAAUUCCCUGCUCCUACAAAAGAACCUCCGCCCCGCAAUGUUUCUGUCCCAGAUGCCCGAUCAACUCAAGUGCCGUUGAAGAGCAAGCAGUUAGUGAACAAGCCUAGCAGGCCAGUUUCCAAUGGUCAUGAAGAGAGAAAACCUGUUUCUAUGAACCACAAAAUGCCACCAAAAGCAGGAGUCCAGAAGGUGGCUCCUCCAAGUAGGCCAAAAUCGACAUCUACUGAUCCUAGAAGAGAGCUUGGUAGCAACUCUGGAAAUGGGCCUGGCCGGCCAGUGGGGCCAAAGGGCUUGCCGUCUAAGAUGCCUGUUCCUACUGUGGAGAAGAAGGCUUCUGCAGUAGGUGCAAAAAGUUCCCAGUCUGGUGUGCAGAAAGCUCCAUUACCAAAGUUGCAUCCACCUGUACAAAAGCAACAUUCAGAACAGAAAUUCCGGGAACCAGAAAGGAAUAAAGUAAUAACAAAACAACCAGUUUCUUCAAAACCUCAGAUUAAGGCCCCUAAGCAAAUUCCAGUGCGUGCAAGCAUGCAAGAGCAACGCCCAAAAAAGAAACCUGUGAAGCGAUACUCUGACGAAGAAGAUGAAGAUGAGGGUGAUCAGGCUAUCAGCAUGAUUCGAAAAAUGUUUGGGUAUAACCCGAAUAAGUAUACUGGUAGGGAUGAAGAUGACAGUGACAUGGAAGCUAAUUUCGAUGAUAUCCAAAGGGAAGAGAGGAAAAGUGCAAAAAUUGCAAGAGAGGAAGACGAAAGAGAGCUUCGCCUCAUCGAAGAAGAAGAGAGAAGGGAAAGGUUAAGAAAACUAAAGAAGCGCAAGCUAAGACAAUAAUGACCGUUGAAACACAUUUUUCUAAUUUAGGAUGUUCUUCUUCUGUUUAUUUAGGAAUUGUUUCUUGCUUAAUUAGGUGGCUUAUCUUCCUCUCCCCAUUCUUCUUUUCCCAAAUGUCGUCAUUGAUUUAUGUAAUUUUUGAUUUGAGUUUUAAAGAUGGUUUUUCUUAUACUACACUUCCCUAAUAAUUUAUUUAUUUUUCUUUUCUUUUGGUUGGGGGGGAUUGGAUUCUAUUUGCGUCAAAAACUGUCUGAUUCGAAUGGUUGGACUGUUGAUCCAUUUGACCCGAUGACCGGGUUGUGGGAUGUAUAGUAACUGUGCAUGUAAACUUAGAAGGCUAUAACUUUGUAUUCCAAUGUCUGAUUGAAGUGAAUUUUGUUUUGGUUUUGGGUAA